CGCACCAAACUUCCGGAAGACAUGAUGGAAUAAAAGAUCUUAACUCGAUGAAAUGAAAUGACGGAUUUAAAAUCGUUUAUUUCGUACAGAAAGGAGUGUUAAGUGUGAACAAUACUUGUAUUAAAUGAUAGUUACUUGUGUUUAAAUAUAAAUGAAUUGCAAAAAUGAACAGUGUUGGACAAUCUGAUAGUAAAAAACUUGAAUCAAAAGUGAGUGUUCCGUCGACAUCGUCGACAAGUAGUGCAAAUGGCAAAAAUAAUAUGUCGUCCAUAGUCAAGUCAAAUAAUAAAUUUGCGAGCACCAGCUCGAGUCCGGUUAAGGAUACCGAAACUUAUACAGAUACAGAUUUUCAACCUCCUGCCACCGACUCAUCGGAAUCGGAUGAAGAAUCAGUAUCGGAGAUUCUUCUGGCAUGCUUGUGUCUAAGGCCAGACCUGUUGGCCGAUCUGGAGGAAGAAAUUCAAGAUUCGUGUUCAGAUAGUUGCGAUCAUGAUGUUUACAUCGACGAAACAAAUGACGAAGACGAAGAAGAUGAUGAGGACGAAGAUGAAAUAGGUCCCAGCGAGGAUGAAGAUUACGAUAUUCCGAACAAAGCGCAGAUGUUAGUUGAAAAUUUUUUCUUCAAACCGGAGAUUCUAGCUGGCAUGAAGGACAAUGAUCAAAUUCACCAUGACACCAACACAAAUACCAAUAACCGAUUGGAAGCAUUACUGGAAGCAGCUGCUCAUGAAAAUAAUGUGCCUGUUAUUAGAAAUGCCACAAUUGCUUUAGAUGAGGCUGCGCAAGCUUUGAAUCGAAUGCGUAAUGAAAGUGGUCCUCGUGAUAGAAGUUUGAUUUCGCGAUCUCUUAUGGCUGCCUGUGCCGAUAAUGACGUAAACACUGUUCGUCGUCUGCUCGGCGAUGGCAACAACACCAUUAACGAAGGUACCGACGAUGGUGAAUCACUACUUUCAUUAGCUUGUUCAGCUGGCUACUAUGAACUUGCACAGGUUCUGUUGGCUAUGUCGGCACAAGUGGAAGAUCGUGGUCAAAAGAAUGAUUGUACACCGUUGAUGGAAGCCGCAUCGGCCGGUCAUGUUGACAUCAUAAAAUUACUGUUACAACAUAAAGCCGAUGUGAAUGCACAAUCGUCCACGGGAAACACACCACUGAUGUAUGCUUGUGCGGGCGGUCAUGUGGAAGCUGUUCGUGAAUUAUUGGAUAAAAAGGCAAAUGUCGAAGAUCACAACGAAAACGGUCACACUCCGCUAAUGGAAGCUGCAUCGGCUGGCCACGUUGAAGUAGCCAAAAUUCUUCUUCAACAUGGUGCCGGCAUCAAUACCCAUUCGAACGAGUUCAAGGAAAGUGCGUUGACGUUGGCUUGCUAUAAAGGUCAUCUGGAUAUGGUACGUUUUCUGUUGGAGGCGGGCGCAGAUCAGGAACACAAAACCGAUGAAAUGCACACGGCACUAAUGGAGGCGUCUAUGGACGGACACGUUGAAGUGGCCAGAUUACUACUUGACUCUGGCGCUCAAGUGAAUAUGCCAACUGAUUCGUUCGAAUCGCCAUUAACUUUAGCUGCAUGUGGUGGUCAUGUUGACCUAGCCAUGCUUCUGAUUGAACGCGGUGCCAAUAUCGAAGAGGUCAACGAUGAGGGAUACACGCCACUGAUGGAAGCUUCUCGUGAAGGUCACGAAGAAAUGGUCGCCUUGCUACUGGCACAAAAUGCCAAUAUUAACGCUCAAACGGAAGAAACUCAAGAGACGGCUUUGACACUGGCAUGUUGUGGUGGAUUUUUGGAAGUGGCUGACUAUUUACUAAAGCACGGGGCUGAUAUCGAAUUGGGUGCUUCAACUCCAUUGAUGGAAGCUGCUCAGGAGGGUCACAUUGAGCUGGUCAAAUUUUUGCUUGAAAAUGGCGCAAACGGUCACGCUCAAACGCAAACCCGUGACACAGCAUUAACCUAUGCUUGCGAAAAUGGUCACACCGACGUUGCCGAAGUGUUACUAAUUUAUGGUGCUGAACUGGAACACGAGUCCGAGGGCGGCCGAACGCCACUGAUGAAGUCUUGCCGGGCUGGUCACAUUUGUACGAUUAAAUUUCUGAUUAGCAAAGGGGCUGAUGUGAAUCGUCAAUCAACAAAUAAUGACCAUACACCGUUGUCAUUGGCUUGUGCUGGUGGCCAUCAAGCCGUUGUUGAACUUUUGCUGAAAAGUGGUGCCGAUCCGUUCCAUAAGCUUAAGGAUAACAGUACAAUGCUAAUCGAGGCAUCGAAAGGUGGCCAUAUUGGCGUUGUUCAAUUGUUACUAGAUUAUCCCGAGUCGAUGUUAACAUCAGCUAUGGCAUCAGUUGGAGAUGUUAACGGACAAAUUCGGAUCCAUGAGAAUCAAGCGCUGCAAGUUGUUGUUCCACAGGCGUUGAAAGCGCAGCCACAGAUACCACCGCAGCUCAGCAACGUAUCAAUGCAGCAGCAGCAGCAGCAACAACAACAACAGCAAAUGCAGCAACAGCAGCAGCAACAACAACAACAACAACAGCAACAACAGCAGCAGCAGCAGCAACAACAGCAGCAGCAAAUGCAGCAACAACAAAUCCAAUUAAAUGCACCACCUGGCCUUCACGAAGUUCCAGAAGCUAUAAGAGUAUCGAACCAGCAACUUUUCCAUAAUCAAGGCUUUAAUAACCACAAAGAAUUCAUUGAGCAUCAAAUUAUAUCGAAUCCCAUUGUAAUACCAAAAAAUCUGGAUAACAAAGCUAGAAUGCGAUACUUUCGCAAUCAGGGCUACAAAGACGGUCUUGCGCAGGGCUUUCGAGCGCCAAUGGGAAAUGUUGUCGGCAAUGUGGUUAACCAAUCACCGCUGCAGCAACAACAAUUGAUGCAACAGCAACAACAACAACAACAACAUCUCGUCAUGCCAAGCCUUGUAGCAGCAUCGCCAGCCACUACCAAUUCGAAUCAAAACAAUCAAAAAAGUCUUCUACGUAAAAAUCGUCAAGCACCGGCUCCAUUCGAGUUGAGUUCGAUUGAUGGUCAAGCGGUUCGUUCGCAACCGAUCGGCGAGGAUAAAGGUGCUACCAAUAUGCCCAAUUCGGAUGACAUUUUGUUGGACGUUCCUAUUCAAGACACAAAUCUUCAAUUAAUUUGUGAUGCAAAUGGUCCACCAUCUAGUUUAAUGCCAUCAUCAGCGUAUGUGGAUGUUUCGAAUGCAGCUAUCACUCAAGGAUUAUUAUGUGGUGCUGGUGGUAUGAGUUUUACCACAGCAAAUGGCACACCAUUGAGUGUGUCGGCUGGAGCACCAAUUCAACCAGCCACCUUUGCCAGUCUUGUUUCAGGCGCCAAAGCAUCCGACAACAAUGCGUUUCUGCUGACCACAUCAAUGCCAUCGAUGCAAUCGCCAGUCACAAGUCAAUCAUCCACUGCACUCUUUUCCACAACAAUAAUAUCAGCUCCUACGUCGACAACCCAUUUAUCCGCACCAUCCGAAGUAUCUCAAAAUACAGCGAUUAGCGAUCGACCAAAAGUUAAACCAGUUUCGAAAAAAGACGGCAAAAAUCUACGCAAAGCUGCACCGCUCUUACAACCAAACCAGAUGGUAUCCAUUUGCAAUAACAUGCCUGUGAUACCAAAAUCGGAACCAAAUUUUCAAGUGUUGCAACAAUCUUUACACAACUUUAGUAUUACCCAUCAUCAGCAACAGCAACAAUCAUCACAGCAGCAGCAGCAAUCUGUUAUUCAGCCUCAGCAAUUGUUAUCGACUAGCCAAUCGCAUAGCGUUCAAUUGCUUCAACAUCCCGUGACAAAUUCGGCUACAACUAUUGUCCCGAAUCGUCAAUUGAGCAAGCAAAAUAACAUACAACAGCAGCAGCAGCUACAACAACAAUUCAAUCAACAACAACAGCAAGCGAAUUGUUCGUCCACUGCCAAUCCAACAAAUACAUCGAGUAGUGGACCGAUAACAUCGUUGUCAUCAUCCAAUAACUUUUCGAUCGCUGAUCAAACAACAGCCGGAAACAAUAUCAUUUCGAUUGCCAGCAACCAACAAAAACUCAACGAUAAAAUAAUCCAGAAGAUGGUCGCUGAAAUUCCAAAUACCAUUCUAAACAAGUAUCGGCAAAGGUUAAUUGUUGACGAACAACCAAAAUCGCCUUCUGAGACGCCGCCCACACUGGCCAGUGGUAAUCUACUUGCCUCACCAACAAAUAGUUCUAAAAACGCUGCCAAUAAUCACAACAUUGAAGACAUUUCUCGUAUAUUCUGUGAAGUUAUUCGAUCCGAACUGAAUGCAAAUCCGCCGCCUGAAUUUAUCUUGCAUCAGAAACCGUGUAACUCAACACUGCAACAGCAGUUUUCGCUUCAACAGCAAGACAAACAAUGUCCAGGUUCAUUCAUCAAUCAAACGGAAGAUCACAUUCACAUGUUUACCGUCGACGAUUCGCAAUCCGAAUCGAUCGAAGAAUGUGGAAUGUAUCCCGCUAUGGAGGAAUCACUGGAAAAUUUCAAUGCCGAUGACGUUGGAUCGGAUGGUUCACGUGAUCAAAUUUGUAACUAUGAGUGGGCCGAUGACAUCGACGUCAUCAAUGUUCUUCAUGGUGUAUCCGAGUGGCCUGUAGCUUUACAAGAGGUUGCAGCCAGCUGCCAUGAAUUUGCUGAUUAUGCGAACUUAAUUGGUAUUAAUUCGGCGUGCAAAAUGCGAUGGACUGGUGGUCAGUGGCCUCAGCAAUCACAAAUUCUGGCUGAUAUGUCACCAUUAUCCACGACUGGCAAUGUAUGCGACGACACACUGGGUCAGCGUCAACAGAACCAAGUCAUGAUUGAUCAACAGCUUCAUCAACAGAUUCAACAACAAUUAUGCGUAGAACAGUUUCAGUUGCUGAACCAGCUUCAGAACCAUCCACAACAAUCUCCAAUAUCACUGAUUCCAUCUGCAAUGGAGCUAUCCCAAUCGCCCAAUAUGGGAAUGCAAUCAUUGCCCAAUCAGCAAAUACAAAAUCAAUUACCAUCGACCGGAUUACUACAACAACAGCAGCAGCAGCAAUCUCAAACAAAGUUUGUGUUCAAUGUUGAAACGGACAAAACGUCGCCAUCUCUGCAAUUGCUAUUUCAAUUACCAUCGGUGCAACAAGUUCAACAGCAGUCCACUGCCCAAUCCCAGCAACAAAAGCAACUGCCUUGUUCCAACCAAGCUCAAACCCAAACCAAUUUACAAGUGACACCAAAUUCGCAGCCCCAACAAAUGUUAUCAACUUCUGUGGAGGUGACUGAGGUCAAUCGUUCAAAUCAAGCCCAAGCCCAAGGGCAGCAACAACAUUGCAAAGAACAUUCUCAAGUCCAGGUGAUGCAGCAACAGCAGCAGAAAUCUUCAUACCGAAUCCCAGAAAACAUUUUUGAAAUGGCCGAGGUGAAUUGUUCGAAUCAGGCCACACAAACAACCACUGGUCCAGUUCCCACAGCCAUUGCCAUUCCUUCUACGGGCACCACUCAUCAUCAACAACAGCAACAUCAACAGCAACAACAAAUUUUGUCAGUGCCAACCGAAACACAAACUACUACAACCACAACCACCCAACAGCAUCAAAGUCAACCGCAAUCAGCCCCGAUCCCCAGCAAAGUGAUGGGUAAGAAAGGAACGGAAAAGUCGCGCAAGGAACGUAACCGAUACGCUGUGAUGAGACAAGCACCAGCUGGAAGUCAAGCAAACACCACUCAACAAUAUCCGGCUGCAGAUGCCGUUCCGCCAGCACCUGAAAAGACAACAAUUGAUGUUGAUUCAGAAACUGAUUCGAACCACGACACAGCCCUGACAAUGGCUUGUGCUGGUGGUCACGAGGAAUUGGUCGAUUUGCUGAUUACUCGCGGUGCCAAUAUUGAACAUCGUGACAAGAAGGGAUUUACGCCGUUGAUUUUGGCUGCAACCGCUGGACACGAGAAAGUGGUUAACACGUUGCUGAAGCAAGGAGCUGAAAUCGAGGCCCAAUCGGAACGAACAAAAGAUACUCCUUUGUCGUUAGCAUGUUCUGGUGGACGAUAUGAGGUUGUCGAGAUUCUCUUAGGCGUUGGUGCAAAUAAGGAACAUCGAAACGUAUCCGACUAUACGCCACUUAGUUUGGCCGCGAGUGGUGGCUAUGUGAACAUUAUCAAAUUGUUGCUGACCCAUGGAGCUGAAAUCAAUUCCAGAACUGGCAGCAAGCUUGGUAUUUCUCCGCUAAUGUUGGCAGCAAUGAAUGGUCAUACUGCCGCUGUUAAAAUGCUGCUCGAUAUGGGCUCCGAUAUCAACGCCCAAAUCGAAACGAAUCGAAAUACGGCAUUGACCCUAGCCUGUUUUCAAGGACGACACGAAGUGGUUAGCUUACUUUUGGAUCGUAAAGCAAACGUUGAGCAUCGAGCGAAAACGGGUCUAACGCCUCUUAUGGAAGCUGCAUCUGGUGGCUACAUUGAAGUGGGUCGCGUUUUAUUGGACAAAGGAGCUGACGUAAAUGCGGCGCCUGUGCCAAGUUCUCGUGACACUGCACUUACAAUUGCUGCCGAUAAGGGGCAUUUGAAGUUUGUGGACCUGCUGCUGAAUCGUGGUGCAUCGGUCGAAGUUAAGAACAAAAAGGGAAAUUCUCCACUGUGGCUGGCAGCUAAUGGGGGCCACUUAGCUGUCGUCAAAGUACUGUACACUCAUAUCGCUGACAUCGAUUCGCAAGAUAAUCGCCGUGUGUCUUGUUUGAUGGCGGCUUUUCGGAAGGGACAUACCAAAGUCGUCGAGUGGAUGGUCAAUCAUGUGACACAGUUUCCUUCUGAUCAAGAAAUGACUCGCUACAUCAGCACAGUCAGUGAUAAGGAAUUAUUGGAAAAGUGUCUUGACUGCGUAAAAACGAUUCGUGCUGCAAAGGAGGCACAGGCUGUUAAAGCCAACAAAAACGCUUCAAUUUUGCUAGAGGAAUUGGAUAUGGAACGGAAUCGUGAAGAAAGUCGUAAAGCGGCAGCAGCAAGACGUCGUGAACGGAAAAAGAAGAAGAAGCUGGAAAAGAAGGAAGAGAAACGCAAAUUGCUGGAAAAUAACAACGACGACAAGGAUGAGUCGGACAAAGAGGAUGACAGCGAAAAGGAAGAUGCACCCGAACCUAGUACGAACAACGAUAAGGAGGAAGGUGACUCCGGAAUCGAUGGAUCCUGUUCGAGUACAGAAGCUAAAAUGCCUGAAAUUGAGAAGUCGAGUAAGUCGAAAAAGAACAAGAACAAGAAAAAUAAGGAAGCACGCGUUGCGAACAACAGUCACGUGGCAGCAAUCGAACAUCCAGAUGCCGUGCCAAUAACAAAUACAGCAACGGUACCGGUAUCAUCGGCGACAAAAAAGAAAGAUGAAUCGAAUACGAAUCGCAAUAAAUCAAAAGACUUGAGCACUCCCAAAUCAAACGACACCAAGGUGGACGUGCAGGGAAACAACAGCAACAGUAGUAACAACAACAAGUUCAGCGUUGCAAGCGAUGUGAAAAGGGACACAAUCGAUAACCGGAAAGAAAAAGAAUCGUCCAAUCGGAAGGAGAAAGAGAAUGUUGCGCCCAAAGAAGAAGUUAAGUCAACACACAAAAAUGAUAAGAAAUUGGAAGCCAGUGACAGUGGAAAAGCAAAAACCACUACCACCGAGCAGCCGGCAGCGGGAAAUAGUAGAAAAUCUUUGGUAUUUGGCGCGAGCAGAACUCAAGGUGAGCACGAGUUCGAUGGCGAUGCACUCUACUUCAACUCAUCGAAAAACAAGCACAGUAAGACCUACCAUCACGAGGAUACAAAAAGCAACAAUUCGAAACAUUCUACUCACCUUCAAACAGCUGUUAAACGUGAAGACGGUUGGAAGGAAGUAAUUCGAAAAAGUUCUAUUCAGCAACAAGCUGUUACUGUCGAAACGGCCUGCAAAAAAGUUCAGGUGCCUGUUAACGCAAUAUCGCGUGUGAUUGGUCGGGCGGGUAGUAACAUAAAUGCUAUACGAGCUGCUACUGGAGCCCACAUUGAAGUUGAAAAGCAGGGCAAAAAUCAAAGCGACCGUUGGAUUACGAUCAAAGGCUCAUUGGACGCGACCAAACAAGCUCACGUUCUUAUCACGACCCUGAUCAAGGACCCAGAUGUCGACAUACUGCAAAUGUUACCAAGAGUGAAUGUAAAUGCAAAGCCGACUCCACCUAUUUCAUCCAAUGUAUGGGAAAAGACUGUCGUCGCAAGUACACAGAGCGGAUCGAAUGUAUCUACAUCAACAGCGACUGUCAUUGCUAAGUCCAAACCAACAACCAUACCGAGUAGUGUCAGCACUGGUCCGAAAAUUACAAUUGCUGUGUCUACUAAAAUGACGCGUCCGCAGCCGACCAAAACAAUAUUCACUUCGUCACAAUCUCGUACCAUGGCUGUUACAAAUGUAACCAAUCGAUUGACCACGACUACAAGUUCAUCGGACACUGUACCCAAACGUAUAGUUUCCAGCGCCCAAUCGAAUGUACCACCGGUUUGCACCAAGACUACUAUGUCUUACACGAACGCAAUCAUGGCAUUCAAGAAUCCAAAGCCAAUCGGACCACCUAGCAGCUCCUUUACGCAAAAGCCUAGCACAGCGCCAAUAGUUGACAAAAAACCAACGAACUCAUCGGUCCCCAUUUCUCAGAACAAUCAACAGCAUACCAUCCAGUCAUCCCCGAAACAUCAUUUUGGCACUGGAACUACGAAUAUUCCAGCACCAUUUAGCAACGUCGCUUCAUCAAUUCAAUCACAUUCGUCUAUAACCAGCACGGCUUCUAGUGUCAUCGCAAAAACGCAGUUCAAUCAAAAUUCGAAUGAAACUGCCACCUCCUCAAAGCCAUCCACGACGAAUGUAGUACGAGCUAUUACACCAAUUGGUCAACCAAUCAGCCGCACCAUUACCCCAUCUCCACAUCAACAACAUUCGUCCGCUGCCUUGAACAUCGACAACAAUAAUCCGAUCAUUCAUUCACACGCGACGAAUGCAAGUGGCGGCUUAGUGAAUCAAUUGCAAACCAAAAUCAAUCAAUUGCAUCAAGGCAAUGCCCAGGCACACGAGUAUUCCUUGUUCAACGAUUCAUAUCGCAAUCAAUGGGAAGCGAACAAAAUGUACAACACCAACAACAAUUCCGGUUUCAUGGAAAACGAAUCUUUGCCGAAGGCAGAUGCAUCUAAGGCUCCCGGAUAUCGUGGUACAACCAUGAGCUCACCAGUUAGCUCGAAGACGUCAAGCAAUUCGACAACACCUCCGAAUUCGCAACAAAAUUUGCAGCCAGGUCUGAAUAUUUCCGUGUCCAGUAUGUCUAUGGUCGGUCAUCAAAUUUCACCUGGUCAACAAAGUCAGUUGUCGUCGCAACAGGCAUCUGGUGCAACGCAAAAUCUAGCUGGUCAUUCACAGCCGCAAUUCUCUGGUGAAUGUCAGCCGGGCAUCAUUAAACCGCCGACGCAACAACCAAUUCAACCACCAAUAUCAAAUAGCUUAGCUGUACAACGUCCAAAUAUCAAUUCGUCGAUGCAACAAAAUCGACAAAUCGAUUCGUUUAAUAUGUCAAACGCUAAUGCAAACAGUGGAACAUCGACAAAUAAUCGCGACCAGAGACCGGGUUUCUUCGACAAUAACGUACGAAGUGGAUCGCUGAACAUGAUGGGUUACAAUCAAGUGGAAUCGAUCCAAUCCCAAUUCCAUCAACAGAAUGUUCAACAACGAAUUCCAGUGAAUCCGCUCCAUGUGUCUCGUUUAAAUCCACGCGCAUCGGAGUUUUCAUCGUUACAGAAUUCGACUCAGCAACAACAGUCACAACUUCAACAACAGCAGUCGAAGCAUCCCCAGAUGCAUCCGAAUCAAGGAAACUAUGGUGUCGGAUUGAGUAAUUUCCAAAAACUGCCGUUCGCAUCAAAUCCAAUACCACAAUACAAUCCUGCGCCCGGACGACCACAAUCUCAACCCCAAUCGAGCAACGAACGCUGGUUCUCCGAAUACAAUCAUUUGAAUCAUACGUCACCCCGUGAAAUUCUGAACAUCGAAAAUGGUCUUGCUCUCGGCAUAGGCUCACCGGCAAUGUCGCCGAAUGCAUCGCAGAAUAUCGCCAAUGGUGGCUUACAGAACCAGCUCGACGAUUCCCGUAAAAUGCCUCGACCAAUCGGUACCGAGCGAGCAUCGUGGAAAUAUGGGAACUACGUCGGUGUAACCAAUAUCGAACCGGAAAUCGUUAGCCAACCCGUUCCCUGGCUGUCUAUGGAUAAGGUGCAACAAAAUCAACAGCAACCGAUUCAGCAGCCGAUCCCACCGAAUGCAAGUGGUGGACUCGCUUGGAUGCAGCAAAAUCAACAACAACCGAUUCAGCAGCAACAACAACAGCAGCAGCAGCAGCAGCAGCAACAACAACAACAGCAGCAGCAGCAGCAGCAGCAUAUGUCGCGCAAUGCCUACGUGGAUGAUCUCCAUCUAAAAGAUUUCUAUCAGCAACCUCCAAUUGAUUAUUUUCAACCGCUAUCCAAUCAACCGAACAUUAAUUUGAUGCAGUACCAGCAAUUGAUACCACCGGAAAUCGGACAACAACCAGCCGAACCGUGGGAACAACAUGAUAAGCAUGGUUGGUCAUCCAAAUGGACAAAUUAACCUAAAUAUUUGAGUGCCCUACUGUGCAUGUCGGACUCACACUGAAAAGAGAAACUAAUUUGUAAGAUUUCUUUUUGUGUUUGUUUUUUCUACAAUGUUUUCCUAAAAUUCAAAAAAAAAUUUAUGAAGUUAGUAAGCGAUAAAAGAAAAAGCCACGAAAAUGUUUAAAAAAGAAAGAAAUCUAGUUACCAAUUAUUGAAACCUGUUUGGAUCAUUUUGGUCGGUGGAUUUCACAAUUAUAUAAAAAAAAUAAUUAAAUUUAACGACAAAA